AUGGAGAAGUCUUUAGAUUUGAGUGCUUUUAAUAAAUCUGACAGAGAUAAAAUAUUGAAAAAAAUAAACAAAGCAGAAUAUGAAGAUACUAUGAAUACAUAUAAUUCAAUUGUAGAAAGAUGUUUCAAUGAAUGUAUUACAUCUUUUCGUUCUAAAGAAUUAGAUAAUAACGAAAAUAAUUGUAUAUUAAAUUGUGUCAAAAAAUUUUCCAUCUUCUCACAAAGAAUUGGUAUGAAGUUUACACAAAAUUUGAAUAAUGAAAUGCAAAAGAAAACAUAA